UGCACUGCAAAACGAAACCAACUUCCCUUCACACUUUGUUUGUCGUGACUCUUGAGAACGAGGAGACCGUAAACGCACCACGGCACCUGCUCCUUUUUAAUAUCAAAUAAACGCUGCCAACAGUAAUGAUUUCUACCUGACGACAGGCAAUUUUAGGCAACGGCGUUGUCGGAAAUGGUGAAGAAAUGCAGCAUCACUGCUCCUGUCCUGGUCCUACACAUUAGUAUCAUGACCCAACUGGGUUUUUAAUAACAAACAGCAAGGACAAAUUUAUUAUUUUCUUUUUUUUUUGGUUAAUUUGAUAUUUGGUUAAUUUUUCCAAACCCUCAGUAAUUUGGCCAUUAGAUUUCCAGAACUGCACCUGUUGAAAACCAUGCACAGCCCUGGUCCGGAAAUUGUUGCAGGUUGUGGACCCAAUCAGUGCACGAUGGAGAAAGAUGCCAACCCUGAAACAAUGUUGGGUAGCGCUUACUCUCCAGUGGACUACAUGAGCAUCACCAGCUUCCCCAGGCUGCCCGAAGACGACGGACUCUCCGGAGAGAACGCCGUGAAAUCUCGAAAAGAUGAUGACAACGUGCUAAAUGAGCAAGAUACAGACCCAGAUAUGUUUCUGAGGUCUGCGCGGCUACAACGUCUCCCCUCUUCAGCCUCUGAUUUGGCCAGUCACGACCACACGUCCUUGCGUGAAACCAACAAAGACCCGUUUAAAGAAGACUGCGCCUGCCAGGGAGAUGGACUUACCGUCAUUAUCACCGCCUGCCUAACCUUCGCCACAGGAGUUACUGUCGCUCUCAUCAUGCAGAUCUACUUCGGAGACCCACAGGUCUUUAACCAGGGAGCUGUAGUGACUGAUGUGGCCAAGUGUACAUCUGUUGGAUUUGAGAUUCUGGAAAAACAGGGUUCGAGUGUUGAUGCAGCCAUCACUGCUGCCCUAUGCCUGGGAAUUAUCAACCCUCACACUUCCGGCAUUGGAGGUGGUGGGGUUAUGUUGGUGCACGAUAUCCGUAAGAAUGAGACAAGAGUAAUCGACUUCAGAGAGACAGCACCGUCUGCCAUUACUGAGGAGAUGCUCCAGUCAAAGCUUGAGCUCAAGCCUGGCCUGCUGGUGGGAGUACCAGGCAUGCUCAGUGGAAUGCACCAGGCACAUCAGCUCUACGGCAGAAUCCCAUGGAAGGAUGUUGUUACCAUGGCAGCAGAUGUAGCCAGAAAUGGGUUUAAUGUUACCCACGACCUCGCUGCAGCUCUGGCUAAGAUUAAGAAUGAAAACAUGUCGGAUGAAUUUAAGGAUCUCUUCUUCCCCAGUGGCCAGCUUCCACUUCCUGGGCUGUUAAGCAGACGUCUUGAUUUGGCAGCCAUCUUGGAUGCCGUGGCAGUUAAUGGAAUUUCGGUGUUCUAUAGUGGAAACCUGACGCAGGAAAUGGCAGCUGCAGUGCAAGCAAGAGGUGGGGUGCUGACAGAGGAUGACUUUGGAAAUUACAGCACAGUGCUACAACAACCAGCAGAAAUCAGCUAUCAGGGCCACUAUGUGAUGACGGCUCCAACACCACAUGCCGGUGUUGCCUUGAUUACGGCUCUCAACAUCCUGGAAGGGUACAACAUUACCAGCCAAAUCCCCAGGAAUAGCACCUACCACUGGAUUGCUGAGUCUAUGAAGAUUGCACUUGGCCUAGCUAGUGGGUUGGGAGACCCUAUGUAUGAAUCUUCAGUAUCAGAGAUAGUUGCGAAGAUGCUGAGCAAACCGCAAGCUUCCCUGUUUCGUCAGAUGAUAAGUGACUCUCAGGCCUUCCCUGUGGAACAUUACACUCCAUCAUUUAAGUUGGAGGAGGGUACAUCAGCUGCCCAGGUCAUGGUUAUGGGACCAGACGAUCACAUCGUGUCAGUCGUGAGCUCUCUGAACAAACCUUUUGGCAGCAGGAUUGUGAGUCCAUCAGGGAUCCUUUUCAACAGCCAGAUCUUGGACUUCUCUUGGCCAAACAAAACAAACACGUCAUUUCCACUAAACCCACGUAACAGUGUUCACCCUGGGAAGAGGCCGAUGUCCUUCCUGAUACCCACAGCAGUGAGGCCUGCCGUGGGUUUGUGUGGCACGUAUGUAGCCCUUGGAUCUUCCAAUGGAGAAAGAGCUCUCAGUGGCAUCACACAGGUGCUGAUAAAUGUUCUGUCUUCUCGUAAAAACAUGAGUGACAGUUUAGCGUGUGGUCGGCUCCACCCACAGUUGCACUCCAACACCCUCCUGGUGGACUCCGAGUUUCUGUCAGAAGAUGUGGAGGUGCUGCAAGGCAAAGGUCACAAGGUUGAGAAGGUAGACGUUCUUUCAUUAGUGGAAGGAACCCGGAGAACCAAUGACCUCAUCAUCGGAAGGAAUGAUCCCCGUAGUGCUGACGCCUCAGCACUCAGUAUGUCCAGUGUACCUUAGCACAUACUUUUCUGAAACACUUGUGAAGAAGGGAUAAG